ACCUAAUGCUAGAUGAUGAGUUAAUGGGUGCAGCGCACCAGCAUGGCACAUAUAUACAUAUGUAACUAACCUGCACAUUGUGCACAUGUACCCUAAAACUUAAAGUAUAAUAAUAAAAAAAAAAAGAAAGAAAUAUUUCUGAAUGGCCCAUACUUCAAAAGGGAAACAAUAAAUCCUCCGGCUAAAGCCCUAACCUUUAGAGGGUGAUGUCAGAAGGAACACCGGAGACUGGACGCCGGAAGACCUGGGUGCUAGACCUGGCUCUGCUGGCCUUUCAUGAUGGGGAAUUCUGUUUUCCUCUUUACCCCUGCUUUGUGUAUCACUCAAGGAGUUUUACGAGGAGAUCGCUAAGCUCUGACAUUGCGAGACACCUUGUCCCUACUUUCUGAGACAGAGGUUGGGCACGAUGACCCAGAGGUGAGACUUGAUUUGGUGAUUCUUGUGAUCUGAAUCUCUUCCAUAUGUCUAGUGUCAGCCCAGCUCAGGGAGCGGAGAACACGGGCAAUCUGAUACCUCCAGGAAGUCCAAUGCUUCGUUGUUGCUAAAAUUAGAACCAGGCUGCAGCUUAGAUCAAGGCCAUUCCUUUCCCAGCCUCACGGUGAGCUAACUCUUCUCCCUCCACCCUGCACCGUACAAAUGUGCCGGUAAUUAUAGCAACAUGAGCACCAGAUGAUUCAUCCGGGAGUCUGGAGGAAAAAAGCAGAAACCAAGUUAGAGCUUUACAGAGAUCCUGACCCUUAUAGACAAGGAGAUGAGAGUAGGCAAAAGGAGAAAACAAAUGAGACAAGAGGGAAGGAAGAAGGAAAGAAGGAGGCAGAAACAAUUGAAGAGAAUUAACUUCUUAGCCUGGACAGGAACAUGAGCGGAAGACCUAGUUAGUUCCUACUUACCCUUUGCGGCUGUGCUGGCAGCGUACCAAAUGACUUCCCCAAGGACAGUGCUCCAUUCUUUUUUGAAAAAUAACUUCAAAAAAUGAAAUCAUGAUCUUUCCUGGUAAUGCAUUUCAGUAGCUUGCUUGUGUCUGUGUGUCAGUACGAAUGGAGCUGGAGCUAGGCUUGAUCCCAGCUUUGAUACAGAUUAACCAUGAUCUCGAGCAAUUUACCUAAUUGUUUGCACCUCAUUUUCUUUGUCAUAAAACAGAGAGAUCUACCUCAAAGCACGCUGCGCAGCUAAAAUGAGGUCAAAUAUAUGAGAGUGCCUGGAAGGUUCACACAGGUUGGCCCAACCUAGGUUUAGCUGAAAACAUAUGUAAAAAAGAUUGUCUAAUCUAGGUGGUCUUUGUUUCUGCCUCUGGGGAUCUUAAUUUAUCAUAGGUAUCCAUUUCUGAGGUUGUUCUGUGGUAGUUUCUUUAUCCUAUAUUUCUCUAAUCAUCCACUAGGUUUGCAUGCAGAUGGCAAGACUAAAAGUGCCUUUCCCUUCUGGUUGACAAUGGAGUGGCAGUUAGCUUUUUAGGAGCUACCCUAUCUUGAGCCUGUGCUGUCCAAGCUCUCUGUGCCAUUUCUUCUGCUGUACGAGGGGAUAGAUCUGUCCUGCAGGGCUGUUGUGGAGAUUAAAAGCAAUGUCAAAUGUGAAGUGCCUAAUAUAGUGGUAGAUACAUAAUAGAUGCUUAAGAUGAGAAAUGUUUAAUAGGAUGAGUUAUUAGGAAUUUUAAACAUUAGUUAUUUAUGCCUGUAAUCCCAGCACUUUGGGAGGCCGAGGUGGGCAGAUCCCCUGAGGUUAGGAGUUCAAGACCAGCCUGGCCAACAUGGUGAAACCCCGUCUCUACUAAAAAUACAAAAAUUAGCUGGGUGUGGUGGCGGGCGCCUGUAAUCCCAGCUACUCAGGAGGCUGAGGCAGGAGAAUUGCUUGAACCUGGGUGGCAGAGAUUGCAGUGAGCCAAGAUAGCACCAUUGCACUCCGGCCUGGGCAACAGAGUGAGACUCCAUCUCAAACAACAACAACAACAACAACAACAACAACAACAAUAAACAUUAGUUAUUUAGUUAGUAAAUUUGCUGCCCUGGAUUUUUAAGCAGAAUAAAAAAACUAUUUUUCUCUCCCCUGCAAGGUCCUUUGAUGGUCAUGCCUUAGUGUUCAUGAAGACUGGACUUCCUUUCCUCAGUGGGAGUGAUACUCCCCUUGGCCCACCCUGUCCCCUUAGCUCUUACCUUUUCCUGGCACUUUGACCUGACUUCCAACUUCUAGCAUCUGUGUCUUUCUUUUAUCCUUUUUGCUUGGGGAUUGGGGACUUUCCUAGCCACCUGAGCCCACUCUGUCCCCACAUGGUUGGAAGUGCUUAGGAAUUUGUACUCUUCGCCAGCAAUCUUCAACCAAUGACUGAUGGGAGCUGGUGGAUAAAUACCCCAAAUCCCUCCCUCCUCAGGUGGGAUACAGUUGAGGUUUGUGUUCUGUGUUACCUCCCAGAGUUCCCCAGAGAGAUGAAGCCCCAGUUGCCCACAGUGGAAAUUUAUGUGAUCAGGUGCCCUUUGUAGGCUCCUUCCAUUCCCCGUCUCACUUCCCUCCGCCCCUACCAGGGUCCUGGGAUCGCUUCCCAUUCACCUACUUACACUCAUUCCUUUUCUCAGAGUUGGCUCCUUGGAGAAUUUAACUAAGAAGACUCCAGGGAAGGCUUCGCUUUUGAAAAUUAAAGACUCUGAAGGGCAAACUUCUUCUACUGUGUGAGGGGAUAGAUCUUCCCUGCAGGAUGGAUUAGCCAAGGGCUAGGGGUUGGAGGUUAAUGCAGUGAGAAGAGGGAAAUGUCUCAACCCUAGAUGAUGGGACUUGGAUCCCAGGUAAGGAAGCAGCUUCAAAUUGAUUGGGAAGGAGACCAGGGCACAAGAUCACAUGCCUUCAAGGGUCAGAACCUCCCAGGGGAUAUAUGUGUGGGUGUCAGUGGGGGACUUGGCAUAAUAUACCGGUCCCUUGAGGCCUAGAGCAAGGUGCCAGGUGGCCAGGUUGGGAGGAAAGGCACAACUGAUGGAAGCAUCUCACCGCUGCAGAGGACUUACCCUGCUGGAUGAGUAUUUGGGCAAGCAAGAGGGUUUCAUCCAGAACCUCGCUGUUAGACAGUUGGGGAAUGGCUAGUAUGCAGUAGUGGCUUUGGGGGAAACACAAGAAAAAAACAACAGAAAGAUGCCCCCACACAAAGAAACAUUGUUUUUGGACACCUAUCAGUUGCCUAGAUUUCUCUAUGUUUGGUCAUAGGGAAGAAUAGUUGAUUUUGGACUUCAUGCCAAUCCUGGCGUAUGGAGAGAUUAAAACACACCUAAUUUCUUUUGGGGAAAUACAAGCCUCAGUUUUGUUUUUCACACACACACACACACACACACACACACGAGACAGGUUUUUUUUUUGAGACAGGUUCUCGCUCUGUCACCCAGGCUGAAGUGCAGUGGCAUAAUCACAGCUUACUGCAGCCUCAACCACCAGGGCUCAAGCGAUCCUCCUACCUCAGACUCCUGAGUAGCUGGGAUGACAGGCAUGCUCUACUACACCUGGUUAUUAUUUUUUUUUGUAGAGACAGGGUCCCACUAUGUGGCCAAAGCUGGUCUCAAACUCCUGGGCUCAAGCAAUUCUCCUGCCUUGGCCUCCCAAAGUGCAGGGACUAAGACACGAGCCACUGUGCCCGGCCUAUGCCUCAAUUUUGUACUUGACUGCCAAGCUCUUCACACUCAUAACACCAUUCUUAUCAUUGUUGUUGUUAAUAGUAGUAAUAAUCAUAAUGAUAAUGAUAAGAACAAUGGGUUGAGGUUUUGUACUCCUGGUGGGGCAGGACUGAGCUGCAUCUUUAAGUGACACUCCCUGCACAGUGGUUCUGGUGCCCUCACUUCCGGUGGGCUCCAUUUGCAGUGUGUCUUCAAUCUUAUUGAUUGGAUGUGUUGAGCAAAAUUCAGAGAAAGUGCUUCACAGAACUGCCCUGGCAGGGCUGCAAAAUGGCCACACGAGGCUACCCAGAAUGAAGCUACGUCUUCUAAGCGGGGAAGGGAAUACAGAAUUACUCUUCCUUCUGGGCAUCCUGGCCACCCCCUCCUCUGACCUUGUGAUGCUCUCUCUCUGUCUCGCUGUCUCUCUCUGACCUCUCCCUUCCCCUGGCACUGACUGAUAAGGACAACAGAAGUCUGUUUUUGCCAACCUCAUGAGGUCUGUGGUGGCCUAAAGUGACUGUGGGGUCUUGACCCUCAGGUCUCACUAGAGUCGGAUAUACUGAGAGACCAACUUCCCAACCAGAAAUAACUUCAGAGAGACAGGACCAGGCUUCCGGAGUCACAGGACUGAGAGAGACUGAGCCAGCUAUUUCAGGAGGUCUUCAUAGCAGCAGACACAAAAACGGAAGACUGAAAACAGAGAGAGAGUUCUUUCUAGACAUAAAAGUCUCAAGCUGAAAACCCUGGGGCUAUCUCAGCGUCAACUCUUGGUGAGGCGCUGCUGUUCCUCAGGUGUGUGGAGACCCAGAAGACAAGUGCUCCCUCUUUUAUGCAGAGACAAGCAGCUGUCUUAGAACUGAUGAUUAGGCUGUGCGCGUGGCUCACACCUGUAAUUCCAGCACUUUGAGAGGCAGGUGGAUCACUUGAAGUCAGGCGUUUGAGGCCAGCAUGGUCAACAUGGUGAAACCCCGUCUCUACUAAAAAUAUGAAAAUUUAUCUGGGCAUGGUGGUGCAUGCCUGUAAUCCCAGCUACUCAGGAGGUGGAGGCAGGAGAAUUGCUUGAACUCGGGAGGCAGAGGUUGCAGUGAGCCGAGAUCACACCACUGAACUCCAGCCUUCCAGCCUGGGCAACAGAGUGAGACUCUGAAAAACGAAACAAAACAAAACAAAAUACUGAUGACCACAGGAAUUAUAUCUGUGUAGCCACAGAUGCGAGCCCUUGGGCCUAAGUUUCUCUCUGUCAGUCUAGGUUCUUCCCAUCAUAAAGUAAGGAGGUCAGUUGAGAUGGUCAGCUCCCACCUCUCCUUCCUGCUUCUGAAACUCACAGAUGGAUACCCCAAGGUGCCCACGUUCUGAUUCAGCCCCACCUGAGGCUGGUUCUUUUCUGUCAUCUUGAUAGUCUUAGAAUUCAAUUUUCCUGGGGGUCUGGUGUUACCAUUAUGAACUAUCAUUCCCUAGGACUCUUUCACAGCCUGCCAAGACACCUAUUAGCCUCUCCUUUGAGGCUAACCAGGCUUGGGCAUCCGUCCUGAUGAACAGGGGGCCCACUGAUGCCAUCCCUGUGGAGGGACAGACACUGGCUAUUGUGGACACAGAGCUCUGCCUGCCUCAGCGCACACUUGUCCCAGCUUUCUGCUUGCUCCCUGCCUCUUCCUGCCUUGAGGUGUUGCAAGCUAGCCACCAGGAUCCGUAAAGGAAAUCUAGACAUGGCUUUUAUUUUUUAAUUUUUUUUUUUUGAGAUGAGGUUUCCCUAUGUUGCCCAGGAUGAUCUCAAACUCCUAACCUCAAGCAGUCCUCCUGCCUCAGCCUCCUGAGUACUGGGACCGAAGGCACGUGCCACCAUGCGUGGCUAAUUUCCUUUUGUUUUCUAGAGAUGGGGUCUUGCUAUGUUGCCCAGGCUGGUCUCGAAUUCCUGGGCCCAAGAAAUCCUCCUGCCUUGGCCUCCCAAAGUGCUGGGAUUAUAGAAGUGAGCCAUCACACCCGGCCUGGAGGUGGUCUUUGAGAUCGGAUAUUAAGCAGACUUACACCAACUUUUCUUUCUUUUAGGUUCUCAAGGCAUCUCUUACAAAUGUAGAGAAAGCCCUGGCUAUGGGCCACGUCUCAUUUCCUUGCAGAAACCCCUUCUCUCUGAAAUACAGUGGAAUGUAAGAAUUGCCCAUCUGAAGACCUUUGUGUCCUUUUCCAACACUGCUGUUGGAGAUGCUGCUCAUUGUGUGACCUCAUGUCUGUUGUAUAAAGAUCCACUUGAUAAAUUUCUCCUUGAACACAGUGCCAGGAAAAUUUUCUUUUUCCAAUCGGAUUCCAAAGUUAUUGUACAAUGAGAAGUAUAUGAGCCAGUGUGUUUCCCUUUUAUCCAGGAAACUCAGUGAUAAAUCCAGGGUUUAACUGUAGUAAACAACAUCCCAGGUGCCUUGAAACGUAUUGUUCUCUUUUUACUCUAGCUCAUUGGUCCUUGAGUUGUGUUCUGUUUUUAAUGUUUCCUUAGACUCCUUUGGGAAAUAGUAAGGUGUAAAUUUUCUCCAAAAAAAUCCAUGCAUACAAGCACAUAUACAUGAGAUAGAUGGCCUCUUCCUGUCCCUUUCUUACCAUCACCACUGCUAUGUCCCCAGCCCAGGCUAAAUGCCAGGCACUGGGAAUGCAGUGAUGAAAGGCGCUGCCUGUGAAUGACUCAUGGUUAGUCUAUUGCAGGGAUAAGCUGGCACAGAAAGAAUGCGAAUGUAAGGCGGAAUAGGGUCAGUGCCGACAUCAAGGAACAAAGAAAAAGCUAGAGGGGUUCAGAAGGAGAGCAAUUGAUUCUGGAAAGAGACAUCAGAAUGUGGAAGCCUUCUUGGAUGGAAGGGAAUUUCAACUGGAAAUUGAUGGAAAGGAUGGAAAGGAUUUUGAAGGCAGAGAAAGAGGAGGAACAUCUCUGACUGAGAAAACAGUUUGAACAAAGACUUGUUCUGGAAAAAAAGUAAAUUGUCCUCCACAUUUGGCAAAAACACUAGGAACUGAGUUGGUUGGCAGGUAGGAUACAUGAAGGAGACAGUGGGAACUGAGGAUAAGAUUCUUUCACAUGAUAUGUAUUUUGCAAUUUAUAAAUGGAAUUUGGGUUCAAGCCUGUAGUCCCAGCUACUGAGAGGCUGAGGGAGGAGGAUUGCUUGAGCCUAGGAUUUCGAGACUAGCCUGGACAACAGAGCCAGACCCCAUUUCUUAAAAAAAAAAAAAAAAAGAUCUUGGGUUCAAUAUGUCCUUUUGUUCAACAACCCUGUGAAGUAGCAGAGGAAAUAGGAUUAUUUCCUGUAAUGUAUCAGGUAACCCGGUUACAGGGCAGUUAAUUCAUUCUAAGUGACACAGGCUGUAAGUGAGAAAACCAGCACCAAAUUUCACACUAAUUUUACUACAUUAAGUUUCAUCUCUGGAAAUCAAGAAGAGGUUUGCAGGGCCAAGCUAGUUGAAGCUUACCUUGGACUAAGAAUCAAAGUCGGUUUUUUUUUUCCUUUCUUUUUUUUUUUCUUAAGAGGUGGGUGGGGGUGUUGACAAGGAGGAAAGGGAGGAACCCACAAAUGUAAUUUCAGCAACAGUUCCCUUAACAACGCCCGCAGAUGGAUGAAUUUCCGCACAGUCUGGUUCUCUGUUCCUUUUCUGUUCCUGAAGAGAAACAAUUGAGGGAGUGAGGGAUAUGCAGUGAUGUUUAUCUUUCCAGCUCUGAACUUUCAAAUUCUGGAAUCCCCCAGGGUUGGGGAAGGGUGGGUGUAGUCACUUCCCACCGUUGCAGAGGGAUGGGAGAUGUAGCAACUCCUGUUGGGGCAUGGGGCGGGGUGUGUGAUUUCCUCCCAAAUCGGAAAUUUAUCUCCCGAAUGGGAGGCUGCAGAGAGUCAUCAAGGACUUAUCUCCAGGAGCAGACACCAGAGAGGAGCCCUGCCCAAUCCUUUACCCCAAAGGGGGCGUGCUUAGCCCGAGGAGGAAGAAGAGGGUUGCCAGCUAAGAGUCAGCACCAAGGGCGCCCGCUCUCAUUCAUGUGUCAAUGAAGAAUUCCUGCCAGACUUCCAGUACUGUCCUCGACCAUGGGCAGAAUCCCAGCUGCCCCUCCCAGAACACUCCAUGCCACUGGAACUCAGGAGCUCAGGUGGGCUUAUCUAAAUCAGAUCCCAAAUUGUAUUUUAAAAGCCUCUACCAAAAGAAGAGGGGCUCAAGCUGAGAGAAAACUCACCAGGGCAGAAAAGAUGAGCCAUGGAAGCAGAGCUCAAAGGACUGAAGAGCUCAUGAAAGACUUCUUAGAGAAGAGAGACAAGGGGAAACUUCUCAUACAGAGAAGUAGAAGACUAAAACAGAAUCUCUUGAGACCGCUGCAACUUUCCGUAACUGAAGAUGGCUAUAUUCAUUAUGGUGACAAAGUGAUGCUUGUGAAUCCUGAUGAUCCUGACACAGAAGCUGAUGUGUUUCUGCAUGGGGACCUGAGCCUGUGUAUGACUCCAGAUGAAAUUCAGUCCCAUCUGAAAGACGAAUUAGAGGUACCCUGUGGCCUGAGCGCAGUUCAAGCCAAGACCCCAAUUGGCAGAAACACUUUUAUCAUUUUGAGUGUACACAGAGAUGCCACUGGUCAAGUCCUUAGAUAUGGGCAGGACUUUUGCCUGGGGAUAACAGGAGGAUUUGACAACAAAAUGUUGUAUUUAUCAAGUGACCACAGGACCCUCCUGAAAUCGUCUAAGAGGUCUUGGCUCCAGGAAGUGUACCUAACAGAUGAGGUCUCCCAUAUGAACUGCUGGCAGGCUGCCUUCCCUGACCCCCAGUUACGCCUGGAAUAUGAAGGCUUCCCCGUCCCGGCAAAUGCUAAAAUUCUCAUCAAUCACUGUCACACAAAUCGGGGACUGGCAGCCCACCGGCAUCUUUUCUUAAGCACCUAUUUUGGAAAGGAGGCUGAGGUCGUAGCUCACACAUACCUGGAUUCACACAGAGUUGAGAAACCAAGGAACCACUGGAUGUUGGUUACUGGGAAUCCCAGGGAUGCCUCGUCCUCCAUGUUGGAUCUGCCCAAACCACCCACAGAGGACACUCGAGCCAUGGAGCAGGCCAUGGGCCUUGACACGCAGUAACACGCCAGGCACGUGCAUGUUUUCCCUGGUCCCGCUCUCAUCAAAUGUAGCUUUAAAAGAAAUUAACAACCUUGGUCAUGCCUCAAGCUAUUUUUGAAUCAGAUGUGGAACUCUCUGGGCACUAUAUUAAAAUAAAGAUUACAUUAAGAUGAUUGAAUUUGUGGUGGCAGUCUAGGGCUGAAGAAAAACAGCUCUGGAGAAUAAAUAGUAUUUGAAAGUGACAAACAAUAGCCUUUUGUUGAUAAACAAAUUCUGAAGAACUCAGCUUCCUCUACUUAUAUCCUUCAUUGUCUACAAGGACAACGCGUUACUUUUUAAAGUUAUGUCUAUGUAAUAAAGCUGUUGGAACUAUACUGAAUUUUUGGUACCACAGUUUCCCUCUUGAAUGUACUAAAACACAAAAAACUGACAGCUCUGAGCUGUGGCCUUAUCUUGGAAUUAAACAUUUCCACCUUUGUAAAACAUCCUAUUUUUGUUUCUACCUUUGGCUUUCGAGGUCAGGACCUCUACCUGAUCAGUAACCUAUUAUUUUGUAAUGAUAUUUAAGCUGCAGAAUCUCUACCUUGUCUUUGAAACUGGCACAUUAGUUGUGGCACCCAUGUGAUUAGAUAGUUCCUGACAAAAUAAAUGUAUGUCCUUCCAUGUA